AUGGACGGUGUAGUUGAGUGUGACGCCUCAAUUGUAGAUCACCACGGUCGUAGCGGAGCUGUUGGCGCAGUUUUUCAGAUCAAGAAUCCUAUAUCACUUGCCCGGCUAGUACUGAAUCACACGAAUCAAUCAUUGACCCUUCGCCGUGUUCCGCCAAACCUCCUUGUCUCCCAAGGAGCACUUCAAUUUGCGCGGGAGAUGGGCGUUCCGGAGCUUCCCCACGAUGCACUUGUGUCACCAGCUGCAAAAGAGAGAUGGAUUAAAUGGCACCAUGAUCUCAGAGUAGCAGAGCGCAAAGCCAAGAAGCACGGCCAGCAUCCCUCCUGUUGGAGAUUAAGGGAAGCAUUAACGGUUGAGGACGAGGCAGAACAGGAACGCUUGCGUCGCGAGCACACCAAAAACAUGCAAGGAUACUCGCAACUAUCUGGAGCUGACUCUCCAACUACCUCCGAGCACCCCCUCUGUUAUGCUGUAGACGAUGAUUUCUCUACGAGUCCAUCUAAUCCGCCUGGUCCGGAUUCCGACAUCUCAAUGGCGAGUACUACAAGCGGCCCGCGCAUAGCUACGCCUGUUUCGACCACCCCCGACCCAUUGCCAGAUCCAGUGCCAGCUCGACCCACUUCCAUCGAAGAGUCUUGCAGGAGUGCUUUCAUCAAUAGCACUCAGACGGUUCCCACUUUAAGCCGGUUCCGAGAGCUGCGUGGUUCAAGACAAUCACCGAUGGGUCUGAUUGCGGAAGAUCGACUGACGGCAGACGUUAGCCGUGUUGGAUUCCAUGCGCGAAGGUCAUGGGGGGACGGCUCUGGGGAGCAGUCAGAGUCGACAUCUAGCGCUGCAACGAUGAAGCUGGCUGACGAGACGGAGGUCGCAGCUCUUACCAACAAUAUCAAGGGAGCUGAGGCAGCAGGUUCGUCAACGCGCGGUUCGCCCUUAGCAGAGAAAGCUCAGAACAAUACGCUGACACCAACUGCGAGCAUCCCUCGGAGUAGCCGAUCGGGCCAGGAGGAGGAUGAUCAUGUCACUGAUACCGUGGGCGCCAUCGCAGUUGAUGGUUGGGGCAACAUUGCUUGCGCUGCCUCUUCCGGUGGCAUUGGGAUGAAGUAUCGGGGGCGCGUUGGUCCAUCUGCACUCGUGGGGGUUGGUACAGCCGUUAUACCUAGAGACCCCGGUGACCUAGACGAGACAAGUGUGGCGACCGUCACAAGUGGCACAGGGGAGCACAUGGCGACAACCAUGGCUGCUACAGUCUGCGCCGAGAGACUGUAUCAAAGCGUGAAGAAACAGAAAGGCGGAGAAUAUGUUGAAGUAACUGAAGACGAGGCUCUCAAAUCAAUGAUCGAGAACGAGUUCAUGGGCCAUCCAAGUGUGAGGAACAGCAACUCGGCAGGUGCUAUCGGAAUGCUCGUCGUCAAGAAAACCCGGCAAGGAGUCAUGCUAUAUUAUGGCCACAAUACCGAUUCCUUCGCAAUGGCAUCGAUGCACUCAGACGAGGAUGCUCCUUGGUGCACAAUGUCACGAAAUAACGGCAACGGGCAAAUCGCUCAAGGCGGUCGGAUGAUGCGAUACCAGCGCAAGAAGAAGACCAAAACCAACAUUGCUCGCCAGCCGUUUGUUUGA